GUAUUGAUUUGUUGUUAAUAACAAAUAAAAAUAAUAAUAAUUUAAAAAACAACAACUCCACCGGACUUCCUGGAACCGCGCAAGGCUUUGUGGGGCUUGUAGACUCAGUCCGGGUCAACUCGGGAGCUGCUAAACCCGCUAUGAGAUGUGAUGCUUUGGAGGAAAAUAAACGCGUUUUUGUGAGAGAAAAAAACAACAACAACAUGGAAAUUCACUUCCUGCCAAGUUUGCUGGUGUUGUCUUUCAUAGCCACCGCUUUCGGCGACGGUGGUGAGCUGACGUUAGUUCAGGAGUUGUCCUCCAAGCCGGCCCAGAAGCUGUCAAGAUACGGUUGGUAUGGCAACAUCAGGCUGACCAUGUUCCAUAUCCCGGACGACACCGUCGUCGCCCGCUGGCUGUUCACUGUAACCAGGGGCAGCGGUUUCAACUGUGGAACACACAACGUCACCAUGUACAUGCGUUGGGGAGCUCCUCCAGUCAUUGACCCAGUAGGACGGCUGUUUCCUAACAACACUGUGACAUCACCAGUCCUCUCGCUCAACCUGCCCAUGACAUCAUCACAAAGCAACACAACCUUUAACCUCUCUAACCCCGCCCCCGGAGACUGGUACCUGGCGGCUCACCUGCCCCGAGACGAUGGACGCAUCGAACACAAGGGAUUCCCGUCCUGCUCUUACCUCUUCCAGCCCCAGCUGUCAGUCAGGAGAGCAGUGGACACACCCAUCCUCCAGGCCACGCCCCUAACCCAGAGCGCCUCCCCCGACAGACCUGCACGACUCAGGGUGUUUGUUCCAGAGUUCGUGUCGUCUCUCUCGGUGUCUGUGAGUGGCUGUACCUGGUGGGAGGGACUUGUGAACGGAGACUGUUCAUUGUCCCUCACGCUGGGCUCCUCCUCCCCCCAGGGGGGGCUUGUGAGGGUGAACUGUUCUCUGAUUGGCUGCUCGGCCGUUCUCCUCGCUCCCCCAUGGAAUACUUGGAUACGAGUCACCGUGGAUAGUUACCAUAGCAACCGAACCACAGCCUUCAGCAUCUCAGUCAACUACACAGUGGGUUGUAAGCCUCAGAGCGUGGGUAUGUCUGGAGACGAUUACAUUAACAGGCUUCAUGGCAACAGCAGCACGACAACAUCACCAGGCAACGGUUCUGUGGUUGCCGAGGCAGGUCGUCAUAACAACGUGUCGUCGGAGUGUGUGUGGAGUGUCCCAGUGCUCCGUGAGGAACUAGACGUUCUGUCUGUCCGGUUCUCUCCCAUUAAUGGACCUAAUGUAACGGUCACACACACACACCCCACGCUCCUCACCUACCCCCUCAACACACAGUCUACUGGAGGGACCUUGAACCUGGAGAUUACACUCAACACUACUAAUGCAACGUUAGGAAACAGCAGUGUGAUGGCCUGUCUCUCUUCCUGGGCUCCUGUCCUCGCACUCAACUACUCCCAUCCCUGUCACACAGGGUUGUUCUCAGCCGUUGGGUUGAGUGUGAACGUCAGUGUUCCUGGGACCGUCAUCAGACUUCCCUUCCCCCAGGCUGCUACCUGGUACCUCACCUUACAACUCUUCUGCAACAGUAGUGACUGUGGUAACGUGACAGUAACACCACAGCUCCAUGUAUCAGCCUGUAUCGAGGACUGUGGGACCUAUGGAGAGUGUCGACUGUUGAGGUCCUUCAGCUAUCUCUACGCUGCCUGUGUCUGCAAAGCCGGUUGGAGUGGGUGGGGCUGUACCGAUGACAUCACAGCCCAGUCGUACGGUCGUCAGCUGACAGCAGUUCUACUGCUCACGCUCAGUAACCUCCUCUUCAUCCCGCCCAUCGUCAUCGCUGUCCGACGCUGUUACAUCACUGAGGCCUCUGUCUACCUCUUUACCAUGUUCUUCUCUACUUUCUACCAUGCAUGUGACCAGCCUGGUUUAACAGUGAUGUGUAUCAUGGAUUACGACACUCUCCAGUACUGUGACUUCCUGGGUUCAGUCUGUUCUAUCUGGGUCACUGUUCUCUGCAUGGCCCGAGUCAGAGACACAUUCAAACACAUGUUGUUCAUGCUCGGUACUCUGCUGAUAGCGAUGUCCAUGCAGCUGGACCGGAGAGGACUGUGGAACAUGCUGGGACCCAUCCUCUGUGCUGUACUGGCCAUGGUGACCUCCUGGGUGUAUCGAGGGCUGAAGAGGAAACAGUGCUACCCCCCCUCUUGGCGGCGUUGGGUACUGUUUCUCCUCCCAGGCCUGGCCUCAGCGCUGGUCGGUGUGUGUGUGUACGUGUUUGCUGAGACGGAGGACAACUACCUGUACACACACUCUCUAUGGCACGUCCUGGUUGCCUCUAGUGUGGUGUUCCUUCUGCCUCCCAGAGAGACAGACUCCAUGAACACCUGGAGCCCUGGAGUCUGUGGUUACACACUCUGUCACAGCACCAAGGAGGAACUAUACACUGUCACCUGACCUCUGACCCUGGACCUGUGGAGACCAACACUGUCACAUAGGUUUAAGGCUGUGACCAUACCAGUAUUGACAGAUUUUUUUUCCAUGGCAAAAAUGAAUAUCUGAAACAGACAACUCUUUUAUCCUUUAAUAACCUGCUGGAUGUAACAUCUAGUGUUUUAUAGCCUGGAAAAACAUUAAUGAAAACAUAAUGAUGUUUAAUAACCUGCUGGAUGUAACAUCUAGUGUUUUAUAGCCUGGAAAAACAUUAAUGAAAACAUAAUGAUGUUUAACCUGCUGGAUGUAAAAUCUAGUGUUUUAUAGCCUGGAAAAACAUGAAUGAAAACAUAAUGAUGUUUAACCUGCUGGAUGUAAAAUCUAGUGUUUUAUAGCCUGGAAAAACAUUAAUGAAAACAUAAUGAUGUUUAAUAACCUGCUGGAUGUAAAAUCUAGUGUUUUAUAGCCUGGAAAAACAUUAAUGAAAACAUAAUGAUGUUUCCAAUAUUAGGGCUGUUUUCCUAAAAAAGUUACAUCCUCUUGGUGUUUCCUUGAUACUAUGAAGUAAUACUGGUGUGGUCCCAGCUCUGCUGUAUGUUGGUGUGUGUGUAUAUAAUCCUGGUGUGGUCCCAGUAUGUAUAUAUAUAUAUAUAUAUGACAUAUAUUUCUGGUCAAGGAUAUGAAUGUUUUCAUAAUAAUAUAUUUAUAUGACAUCACUGCCUGCUAAUCCAUCAUGUCUUGCCCCUCCCUCUUCCUCCUUUCCUCCUCGUCCUCCUGUAGUUUAGAUUCACUACUAGAUAGAGGAAGACUGCUAGUAAAAGCAGGGGAGGAGCAGGAGUGUAAUUAACUUGCAGAAACAGAAGUUUUUCGGGCCUCCAGAACCAGAACUGAACAGCCCUGAGUAAAGAAUAGUGCCAGAUUCUAGCAAUUAACAUGUUUUUUCUCAUUGAUACAAUUUAUUUCUCUGUGUGUAGUUUGGAGGAAGUUAAAAGUCGUUUCACGAGUCAAUGCUAACUAGCAUUAGCAGAAUGAGUGGAAGUCUACCAGCACAGCUAGCACCUGUAGACUCAUGUUAUCUGUCUCGAUUCAAACACUAUAAUGGUAUAUUUACUCAUAGGAACCCUUUCCCUUGAGCAAGGCAGUUUACCCCCAACAACAACUGCUCCCCGGGUGCCGAUGUUGUGGACGUUGAUUAAGGCAGCCACCCCCCCGCACCUCUGAUUCAAAUGGGUUAAAUGCAUUCAGCUGUACAACUGACUAGGGUUCCCUUUCCCACACCUCAAUGGGCCCAGUUCCAAUUUUAUAUCCUCCCUCCGUUCCUUACUCCCUUCCUUCUCCUUAAAGCACUUUAAUGACUAAGUGUAAUAAUGUAAUUUUAAUGACAUCUAAAUGUCAUUUGUGUAGAGGUCUUUCUCUGAAUGUGUAUUUUGAAACUAAUCAGAUUGUGUAUCCAGUGCCUCUCCACUCUCUGUGUGUUCUGCAAGACCAGUUCCACCAUUCCUCUUAUUCUCUGGUCAUACUGCUUUUAUUUCACAAUGAUAUUAAGUUAGAAUGAAGCAUUUUAAUGUUCUAGUGUUGGGUUAAUAAUAAUGUUUUUAUGUUCUGAAAGAGUUUUUGAUCCCUCAUGAUCACAUGUUAUGUUAAUGUAAUGUUUCUGAUAUGGUAAAUAUAUGUCAAUUUUCAUGGGA